UUGUGGCUUGUUCAACCCCUCCCAUCCAGGGCAGGCGGCGCACUUCAACUCUUGGUGCCGUUACUGCUGAAAAUGUGGAGGAUCGAGUUACAGCGCGGCCCAUUUUUAAGCCAGUCGAUGCGCCGUUAGCCGAAGGACAACAGAGUAGGACUGCCGUCCCGUCUCGAGAUACGGAAGGGAAGGAGCUGCCUCCAACUUUCAUGUAUUCAUUAAGGAGUAAUCACUGACAGGUCCUCCCCAUCAGCAGCAGCCCAGUUAAGAUGAUCGAAACCAUGGAUACCCAGCGUGCCUUGCAGGCGGUGGAGCGUCUCCAGGCCAAACUGAAGGAGCGGGGGGAGGUGCCCACCGAGGAGAAGCUGGGCCUCCUCAAGUCUGUGCUGCAGAGCCCCCUAUUCCACCAGAUCCUCGCCCUGCAGAAGUCUGUGCAGCAUCUCAAAGACCAGCAGGGGAUUGGGCUCCCGGUCCUAAACUCCGACUUCACAGAGCCCUAUGGCCUGGCCCACCAAAACGGCAGCCAUUUUGGACAGGACAGCUCACAAGUCAAUGGGAAACCCACCCAUGAUGAGUUUGAGCGCAUCAUUCGCUCCAUGGCCCAGGGUCGGUACGUGACCUCCAUUGACCUUCUGAAGCCGCUGUCGGGCGGCCUGGGCUUCAGUGUGGUGGGACUCCGCAGUGAGAACCGCGGGGAGCUGGGCAUCUUCGUUCAGGAGAUCCAGCUGGGCAGCAUCGCACAUAGUGAUGGUAAGCUGAAGGAGGCGGAUCAGAUCCUGUCCAUCAAUGGGCAGCCUCUGGACCAGACGGUCACACACCAGCAGGCCAUCGGGCUGCUGCAGCGGGCAGUGGAGCGGGUCCAGCUGGUGGUGGCCCGCGGGCCCAUACCCCAACUCUCCAGCCCCGUGGUGUCACGCUCGCCUUCUGCAGCCAGCACACUGUCCGCACACUCUAGCGCUACCCACUGGACCCAUGUGGAGACCAUGGAGCUGGUGAACGACGGCACAGGCCUGGGCUUUGGCAUCGUGGGGGGCAAGACCACCGGCGUCAUCGUCAAGACCAUCCUCCCCGGGGGCAUCGCUGACCAGGACGGUCGCCUACACAGUGGGGACCACAUUCUGAAGAUCGGGGACACGGACCUGUACGGCAUGGGCAGCGAACAGGUGGCCCAGGUGCUGAGGCAGUGUGGCAACCGUGUCAAGCUGGUCAUCACCCGGGGAACAGUGGACGACGCCUCCACCGCUGCUCCACCUCCAGUCCUGGCAACGGUCACCGAGCAACAGGGCUAUGAGGAGGAGGAGGCAGCGAAGGACGCAUUUGAUGUGAGCCUGACAAAGAACGCCCAGGGCCUGGGGAUUACCAUCGCUGGAUACGUGGGGGACAAGAACUCAGAGCCCUCUGGUAUUUUUGUCAAGAGCAUCACGAAAGACAGCGCAGUGGAGCAAGAUGGCCGAAUUCAUGUCGGAGACCAGAUCAUCGCGGUGGACGGUGUGAACAUCCAGGGUUCCACCAACCAGCAGGCCGUGGAGGUGCUUCGGCACACGGGCCAGACGGUCCACCUCAAGCUUGUCCGCCGCGGCUUCCAGCCUGACGAGUUUCCCCCCGUCGCCACGCCAACGCCCCCCAUACCCACCGCUCUGCCUGUUGCCGUGGAGCCCAAGCCACUACCGCCCCCGCCGCCACCCAGAGACAUCCCCAUGGAGAGGGAGCGGGAGAGGGAGCGACCGGUCACUCUCGCCGAGGCUAAACCAGCCAAAGCCACUGAAGAGAAGGUGUGCUCUGCCCUGGCUUCAGACUUCUCCAGCCAAGCGGUCACCGAGGCCAUCGACGCCAUUGACGCCGAGGUUAAGGAGGGAAUAAAGCUAACCGCUGUGGAGGAAGAGGAGUUGAUGAAGAGGUGGCAGAACGCUCUCGGGCCCAGCAAUGAAGUGGUAGUGGCCCAGGUUGAGAAGUUCAGUGAGAGCAGUGGUCUGGGCAUCAGUCUGGAGGCCAGUGGGGGUCACCACUACAUCCGCUCCGUGCUGCCAGAGGGGCCGGUGGGACGCUGUGGGAAACUCUACAGCGGAGACGAGCUGCUCGAGGUCAAUGGGAUCCCUCUUAUCGGCGAGACCCACAAGGAGGUAGUGAGCAUCCUCAAGGAGCUGCCCGUCUUUGUGUACAUGGCCUGUUGCCGGCCCGCCCCCUUGCUGCUGCUGCAGACGGACAGGGACGCCGGCCAAUUGGGGCUGGAGGAGGUCACCACGGAGGCGGGUGCAAAGGUGUGCGCUGAGCUGGAGGACUUCCUGUCUCCCGGCGAAUCGGGGAAGGGCGUGGGUAUCGGCGUGGGCGUCGUUGCGCGGGAUGCCAGCAUGGCGGAGGAGCCUCUGGCGUCUCCCCUGGCCAUGUGGGAGACGGACGUGCAGGACAUCGAGCUGGAGAAAGGGGAGAUGGGACUGGGCUUCAGCAUCCUGGACUACCAGGAUCCGGUGGACCCGGCGAAGACGGUGAUCGUCAUUCGCUCACUGGUCCCCGACGGCGUGGCAGAGCUUGACGGCCGCCUGCUUCCUGGAGACCGUCUCAUGUUUGUCAACAAAACUAACCUGGAGGACGCAAGUCUGGAGGAUGCUGUGCAGGCCCUCAAAGGAGCCCCCAUGGGCAAGGUUCACAUCGGGGUGUCCAAACCUCUGCCUACGGAGGAUGAGGUCGGAGGGCCUUCGUCCCGAGACCUGUCUCUCGUCUUCACCAGUCUGGUGUUGAGAGGAAAGGACGAGCUGGCGGAGCCCACCGACGGCCUUCUAUUCCGGGCCGAGCCGGCUUUGAUUGAUGCCAAUGAGUCUGAUCUGACGGACGAGAAGCUUUUUGAGCGACACUUCCCUGAUGAGGAGGACGAUGCAUUCCAGGCGUCUAUGAUCGCUCUCCAUGGAAGCACCUGCAGCACUGACCUGGAUUAUUCAUUAACCAUGCCAGCGCCUACACCCCAGCGCAAUGGGCGUCUGGAGGCUUUCCCUGACUACCCCCCCUUCCUGGCAGCGCCCGGCGCGGCGGCGGCGGUCGACCUUGACCCCCAGGCGUUCGCCCCCGAUGAGGGCCCUCUCCUCUUCUCCCAACCCCGGGUCGGGGGUAGGGUUCUGGGGCAGGGACAGGGGUUGUCUGGGCCGCCGCUGCCGCCGACGGGGCUGUUUGGCGAGCUCCAGCAAAACCAAAUGGAGUCGUUGACGGCCGCGUCAUCCGCGGUUGGAUUUUCGGGAGCGGGCAGCGCUAAAGCGGAGUCUGACACGCUAGCGCACAUGCAGAUGGACUUGAGCUUGUGCGAUCUGGGCUCUGGAUUGGUCCAAAGCUUGUAUCUCGCUGACAGUAAUGAGUUUGGAAAGGACGUCGGAGCCCUUAUAGAGAAGGUGGAGUCUUUACCAGUCACCAUUGGGAGCAACUUUGAGAGGACAAUCACUGUUGUCAAGGGCAACUCCAGUCUCGGUAUGACGGUGAGUGCGGUGAAGGACGGUCUGGGCAUGCUCGUGCGCAGCAUCAUCCACGGCGGCUCCAUCAGCCGCGACGGGCGUCUGGGCGUGGGCGACUUCAUCCUGGCCAUCAACGGCGAGCCCACGGCCAACCUGACCAACGCCCAGGCGCGCGCCAUGCUGCGUCGCCACUCGCUCAUUGGACCCGACAUGGGAUCUUCAGUUGCCACCGCUGAGGAAGAUUCGUGCCCCUUUUACGUUUUCACAUAUGUCCCAGCUGAGUACCUGGAUGAGUACAAGGCCAGUCUGCUCGAGAGAAAUGUUGCUGGAGGACGGUUUCCAGUCGAUACAUCAGAGGAUCCGCGGAGAGAAGUGUCAGAGCUUCCUGAGAGAGAGGAAGGGGAGGGGGAGGAAAGUGACUUCCAGACUGCAGCCUACAGCAACUGGAACCAGCCCAGGAAAGUGGAGCUGCAUCGAGAGCCUGGCAAGUCUCUGGGCAUCAGCAUCGUGGGCGGCCGGGGCAUGGGCAGUCGCCUUAGCAACGGCGAGGUCAUGCGAGGCAUCUUCAUUAAGCACGUGCUGGAGGACAGCCCUGCAGGACGCAACGGAACCCUUAAGACAGGAGACAGGAUCGUGGAGGUGGAUGGAGUUGACCUGAGGGAUGCCAGUCAUGAGCAGGCGGUGGAGGCUAUCCGCAAGGGAGGAAAUCCUAUGGUCUUCCUGGUCCAGAGCAUUGUCCACCGGCCACGGCCUGGCACCUAUAGCCCUUGCGCGUCUCCGAUCCUAGAGAAAUACACCAUCGCUUACGAUUGUUUCCCCACGCCACUGAGCCAGAGGCCGCUGCUGCCCUUUCUGCAGGUUAGCGCCCCCUGUGGGCCAAAUGCUCAAAGCGGUAACCUCACCAGCUUUCUGCCCCUGCCACCACAGUCCCUGACCACAGACCCUGUGGAGGAGAGAUCACCACCUACCACACGGCCAGACAGUGACCAGGAGGCUGAGAGUCAAAGUAGACUUUUCCUCCGCCUCUCCCCGACUAACCCUUUCACCCCUACACCGUUUAAGCCGCAGAACCGGGAGAAGAGUUCCCCCACUGCCUCUCUGUUGCCCCUGCCCGUGGUUCCCCACGUCGGGGAGACGGACACAGACACGCUGAUCGAGAUCCCCGACCGGAUUGACUCGGGGGAGGAGGACGAGUUUGGCUACAGCUGGAAGAAGAUGAGCCAGCGCUAUGGCGGCCUCCCCGGCGUGCUGCACAUGAUUGAGCUGGAGAAGGGCCGCAUGGGCCUGGGCCUGAGCCUGGCGGGGAACCGCGACCGCUCCCGCAUGAGCGUGUUCGUGGUGGGCAUCGACCCCAGCGGGGCGGCAGGCCGAGACGGGCGUCUGCUGGUGGGCGACGAGCUGCUGGAGAUAAAUGGACAGAUUCUAUAUGGCCGCAGCCAUCAGAACGCCUCGUCCAUCAUCAAAAGUGCCCCGUCCAAGGUCAAGAUCAUCUUUAUAAGGAACACGGACGCGCUCGACCAGAUGGCCGUGGGGCCUGUCAAGGAGUUCGGAGACGCUCUGGAGUCCAGCGCUGAGGAUCCAGGAGUGCCCGCUGCAGUCACCCCCCCAGCGACAGAUGCCGACAUGUUCAAGUGUGUUCAGCACAUCGUCCUGCCCAAGGAUGAAGCUGGAGUGGGUCUGUCCUUCAGUAGGGAAGAGGACACCAUGGGCGGAGUGCUGAUCCUCAACAUGCUUGAGUCUGGGCCUGCAGCAAAGGAGGGCUCCAUAAGAGUGGGUGACCGACUCAUUGCCCUUGAUGACGAGGUGGUGACAGGAUACUCCGUGGACCAGGUGAUGUCAUUGCUAAGGAAAGCCAAGGGUCCAGUGAAGGUGUCGAUAGCCUCUCAAGACCCCGCCCACCUCUCCUCAUCCUCCACCAAUGAGAGCAGAGCGUCCGACGGAACCCUCAAUGCCCCGCCCACUGUCCCUCAGCCAACCCUGAGCCUGCCUGAGUUGGAGCCAAUUAGGAGUUCAAGCAGGUCGUCAACUCCGGCCACACUAGUGUCCGAUCCUGUGACCUGUCCCAUCAUUCCCGGCUGCGAGACCACCAUAGAGAUCUCCAAAGGACGCACGGGACUUGGCCUCAGCAUUGUUGGGGGCUGCGACACUCUCCUGGGUGCCAUCAUCAUCCAUGAGGUCUAUGAAGAGGGGGCCGCCUCCAAAGAUGGCCGACUGUGGGCUGGAGACCAGAUCCUGGAGGUAAACGGCAUCGACCUGCGAAUGGCGACUCAUGACGAGGCGAUAAACGUCCUGCGCCAGACGCCGCAGAGGGUGCGCCUGAGUGUCUACCGGGACGAGGGCCAGUACAAGGAGGACGAGCUGUGGGACGCGUUCACCGUGGAGCUACAGAAGAAGCCGGGACAGGGCUUGGGACUCAGCAUCGUGGGCAGAAGGAAUGAUACAGGGGUGUUUGUGUCGGACAUCGUGCGGGGCGGCCUGGUGGAGUCGGACGGGCGGCUGAUGCAGGGCGAUCAGAUCCUGUCGGUGAACGGGGAGGACGUGCGCACGGCCACACAGGAAGCUGUGGCCGCACUGCUCAAGUGUUGUGUUGGGUCCAUCUCGAUGGAGGUGGGACGUUUCAAGGCUGGACCAUUCCACCUCGGUAGAAGACUCUGUUCUAUUCGGCAGCUGAGUGAAACAGGCAGCUACAAACUCCCUCCCCACUCCCUCUCUGGGACGGGCAAUAUCCAUGGAGAUUACGAUAACCUCCGCAGAAGUCAUGAAUCUCUCUACCAACAAGACAUCAGAACCGUUGAGCUCACAAAGGGUCCGACCGAUUCUCUGGGUAUCAGUAUAGCGGGGGGAGUGGGCAGUCCUCUGGGUGAUGUUCCCAUCUUCAUCGCCAUGAUGAACCCCACGGGAAUGGCUGCACUCACACAGAAACUCAGAAUUGGGGACAGAAUCAUGAGCAUCUGCGGGACUACAACAGAGGGCAUGACACACAGCCAGGCUGUCAGUCUGCUCAAGAACGCAAGCGGACCUAUCGAGCUACAGGUGGUAGCCGGUGACACCACAGUGACCAGUCCUACUCCGGAGCAGGCAGCUGCUGGUCUCUCAGUGUCAGGCCUAACAGCCAGCAGCAUCUUCCACGACGACCUCGGACCCCCCCAGUAUAAGAGCAUCACACUGGACAGAGGGCCUGACGGUCUGGGCUUCAGCAUCGUAGGGGGGUUCGGCAGCCCCCACGGAGACCUGCCCAUCUACGUCAAAACUGUCUUCGGAAAGGGUGCGGCAGCAGAGGACGGACGUCUGAAGCGAGGUGAUCAGAUCAUGGCGGUGAACGGGCAGUGUCUGGAAGGGGUCACUCACGAGGAGGCCGUGGCCAUCCUCAAGAGGACCAAAGGAACGGUCACGCUCACUGUUCUCUCAUAGGCGUGCACGCACAAACACACACACACACACACACAAACACACACACACACACACACACUUUACUUCACUGUGCAGUCUCACUACACUCUGUCGUACUAAACAGACACCUAAAACACACACAAACUUGCUGUGACGUAACUGUGACGUUGUAAGACACAGUCAGUCAUGCACGCAGUUCGCCGUCAAGGAGAAUCAUAUGCACAUAAAGAGUCACUGUGAUUGUGUAGAGAAACACUCCAGUACACACACAAACACACAUACACACACACACACACACGCACAGGCCGCACUGUGAAAGAAAAUGUUACUGUUGAUAACACAUAUUUCCUAGGAGCAUGAGGUCACAUGCAAAAGCACACACACACACACACACACACACACACACGCACAAAGCAAAGCAUCAAAAGCCAUAAAUACAUCUUGAUUUAUUUACACAGGGGAUAAGCCCUUCUGGAAUAGGCAUGAUUUAUCUGAGAGGGUGUGGAUGUGUGUGUACAGGUGUGUGAAUGGGUCAACGCACAUGUUGGCCGACAAGUACAUACUCACACCCACAUGCAGGGGAAACACUCCCUCUUACAACAGACACAUGCACACACACACACACACACACAAACACACACAGGCACUACAUCUGUCCACGUUUUGAGUAUUUUUAGUUAUGAGUCAUUUUUCCCCUGAAUCUCCUAUCUACAUAGAGAGAGUAAGUACUGGAACUAAAGUUUCCCACACCACUCAAGCCACACACACACACACACACACACACACACACACACACACACACACACACACACACACACACACCAUGUUUAGCCUGUAACUGAGUCACAUAAUUUCUUAGAAACAAUCAUUGAUCUUUUAUUAUAACCAUUUCCUUAUUAUGUCAUUAGCAGCACCUUCUGGUCAAGGUGCAGCCCAUAUCUGGGCCAAUUGAGGCUAUGUCCACAGAUAGUUGGGUAUUUCUAAUUUUAGCCUUUCAUCCUCAUGAAAACAGUUAUUUUCAAAAACUCAUCCGGUUUUAGUGUUUGCGUGUUGACAGGGAAGACAGUUUUUGGAUUGUGAUGAGAUAUGUUUCCCCUUUUGUUUGUAAAAUUGUCAGGUCUCUGAUUGGCAAACAUCGACAUCUGUUUGAUUGGCAUAUUCUUGAUAGCUUUGAACAGUUGUUUUUGCGCAUCCAUGUCCAAGUACGGAGUAAAAAUACUUGUUUUUUAAGAAUACCCGGCUACGUGUGGACAUAGCCUGAGACACUUGUUUCACCUCCAGAUUGCAAUCGUUUUCUCUGAAACAACGCAACUAGCGAAAAAGCUAGACUGCUGAAACACAAUUCAAAAGGCAGAAAAAAGACCCCAUGCACCUAUAAUCACGCUCAAAGUUAAAAACAAUAACGAAAACAAACGCGUCUCAGCGUGAACGCCACCUGAUUCACUUCAGUAUUGUAACUCUUGAGUCCAAUUGGACUAUAGCCUGCUGCUGUCAUAAACCUGUAUCUUAACCAACCAACACUACUGUGCGGAAGGUUUGCGUUGUCUUGUAUUUGUAGAAUGUACAGCAAGUAAGGCUACCACAUUAUACAAGCUGUUUUUUUUUUUUUUUAAAAAGAGUUAUUUCCUAUAUUGAAUUGAUUCAAAUAUGACAUAUUGUUAAAGGAUAGUCUGUCAGAAUAUUCAAGCACUGAAACAUUAAGGUCACACACGUGGACUGUAGACAUGGCGAAAUGUAAUAACAAUGCCGGGCAACGACAAUCCUGGAUUCAUGGAUAUUAUCUUUACAUUUGACUAAAUGGAUCACUGGUGAUUUUUAAGAAUGUACCUAAACGGUUUCUGAUGAAGUAUUUCCCUAAGCUGUUCCUCUAGUGUUGUCGUUGUUUUGAAGUGUUUGUUUGUUUGUUUGUUUGUGGAUAUGGAUAUUGUUACAUGAAGUACACACACUCCUGUGAAGAGAGAGUAAACGAAGAAUGAGAGAAAUGUAGUUGCUGCUUUAGACUCUACUGUAAAAAAAGAAAAGAAAAACAUGUUUGUUCAGUAUUUUAUCUUUUAAGUGUUACUUUGUUUGUUUUUUUGUUUUUUGUUUUGUUUGCUCAAUCAUUAUGCCUGUGUAAUUUUUAAAUGUAAACAGUUUGUCUAAUAGAUUAUGAGUUGAAGAUAUAAUGUUUGCUUGUAAAAUACAACACCGUUGGCUCAUAGAGGUCACUAUUGUUUGAUGCACCAUGAUGCACGCUCAUCUCAUAUACUGUACUCACAGUGCAUUAUCCACACAUCCUCCUGAAGUACAUGCUACGUUCACUUACAUCAUACUCAUACCAUGUAAAUAGAAAAAGCAUUUAGCUUGGCGAAUGCUAAAGUCGAGCUCUGAAAUACCACAUGGUUUGUUUUCAUGGUCCAAGAGCAACUGUCAUAGCACUUGUGAAUUAGGGGUAAGGUAAGGGUUAGAAGGAGAUUACAAUAAGCCAUGGAUUCCCAUAGGACUUUAGACACACACACAUACACACACACAAAGGCACACACACUCACAAAGCUUCUUUGUGUUGUGGCUUAUGAGAGAAUCUGCCUGUAUUGGACCAAAUGAAGCUCUUUCAUCUUCAGAUGACUGUACCAAGCAUCCAAAUGGUCCAAUUUUCUUGUCUAAUUUGACCCAAGACAGCAAACACACACACACAAACACAGAUUCCCUUUCAUUGACUAAUGGCUCCAUUAGUGAGAUGGUAGCAUAUUGUCUGAAAGUAUUGGCAACUAUUUCCCCCCAAUGAGCCACGCUAGAAUUGUAGUGCCUUAGUAUCAGCCCCACUAGAUAGACCACUUCAAUACAUGUAAAUGGAUGAAAAUUGCUUUUUUAAAGUCAAAUUGAGAGAAGUUGUAUUAUUUGGAUGGCGGCACCAGGAGUAAAGCAGCACCUGCACCACGGUCAUCUCCCCCUCACGGCACCUGCCACAGUGUUACGUUACUCUGCAGCUAAAUUAAUAAAAAGUGACCUUCUGACCUCA